GACAUCUAUUAGAAAAUAUGGGUGGUCCGUAGUGCGACACAACACAACACAUUGGGGUUGUUACCAUCCUCCAUCUUUUUCUGAAGACUGAGUUUAUCUUCUGUAUUAGUUAGAACUUAGAUAUUCUAUUAUGUAUUUUCAACGUGAAUACAUCAUUGCUAUUCUCUUCCUCAAGAGGAAAUGGAAAUGCUGAUCGAGCAGGUAUGGUACAAAUGCAACCCAGGAACAUAUGUUGCUGUGACACACGUGCAAUAUCUGGGCAGCUGACCUUGUGCCCGAGGGCACCAUGUUGACUGGGCGGACCACACUUUAAGUUGAAUGUGGACUGUCGGUCAGCCUUUUCAAAACUGUAUAUUCUUUCUGUAUGCAUGUGGGCAGCCUGCUGUGCUGAGCUGAGCUGCCUGAUUUUGGUGUAAAGGUAGAUAUCCAGGGUGACCUAUAAAAUGGAAGAGCCAGAUCUGGCUUGCGGUAUGCAUUGCAGUGAUAUGAUUGGUACCCUACUUGCUCGAGUAUAGCUCUAGGAGGUUUUAUUCAUCAGCUAUUAAGUUAGAAUGGCUGGACAAAGAAAUAACUAUGGUAAACGAUCCCACUCUCAAUCUGACUAUUCCGACAAUGGUGGAAGUAAGAGAAGGAAUCCUGGCGAGGAGCGAGAACAAUAUGCUCUGGGACCAGAUGAUACUGUCUACCGUUACUUGUGUCCUGGGCGGAAGAUAGGAAGCAUCAUCGGGAGGGGUGGCGAGAUUGUUAAGCAAUUGAGGCAGGAGAGCCAAUCCAAGAUCAGGAUUGGCGAGUCUGUGCCGGGCUGUGAGGAGCGCGUUGUAACUAUCUUUAGUUCAAGCCAGGAAACUAAUGCAUUUGAAGAUAGUGGUGACUUUGUUUGCCCGGCCCAGGAUGCUCUCUUCAGGAUACAUGAGAGGCUUGUUGCUGAUGAGGUGGCGGGUGAAGAAGAUGUCGACAUGGGCACUCGUCAAAUUACAGGAAUGCCUUAG